CUUCCGCCUUGCGCAGUCUCCGGGUUUGGGCACGUGUGUUACCUUCUCGGGUUUUGUGGAUUACCUUUAUUCCCGGUGAAACUGCAGGGCCGGAACUCCCUUCAUAUUUAAGGAUGAAGGCGAGAAGAAAUAAAAAGCAGAUCCCAAGCUUUCGGAAGUUGCUGAAAACUAGUAAAGUGAAACUUGAAAACAAGCUAAAAAAUAAGCAAUUUAAACAACAAAGCACUCUCAAGAAGUACCGAAAAGAACAGAGGAAACUAAGGCAAGCUGUAAAAGAUGCUGUGUCUAAGAAACCGAUUCCACUGGAAGACCCAAGGGAAAAACAACCAGGUAAAAGGAUUGAGAGGGAAGAGGAGGAAGAAGAGGAAGCCCUUCCUUUAGAUAUGUUGGAUGAAGAUGACUUACAGUUAAUGAGAGACUUAGGACAAAGAGCAUCUUUUCUAACAAGAGAUCUUUCUUCUAGUGAACCUGUUCAUGUCAGGAAACGAAAGCAUGAGCGUAUUAUAGAAAAAUAUGAAAAAAUACCAAGAACUCUGCAAACUGCACCGGAGAAGGAACUGAUUCACUUGCUUCCUAUCAAGGAUAAAAGUGGUAUAAUCCCACAGACCAGGGAGAAGCCAGUUACUGACAAUAACCAAGGUGAAGAGGAUGAAGAAGAGAUGGAACUUGAGGAAGAGAUCAUUGAAGAUCCCAUUCGAGAACUGACAUUAGAAGAACAUUUAAUUGAGAGAAGGAAGAAACUACAGGAGAAGAAAAUGCAUAUUGCAGCCUUGGCGUCUGCCAUAUUAUCAGACCCAGAAAGUAAUAUUAAAAAAUUGAAAGAAUUACGUUCCAUGCUGAUGGAACAGGAUCCUGAUGUGGCUGUUACUGUUCGAAAAUUGGUGAUAGUUUCCCUGAUGGAGUUAUUUAAAGAUAUUACUCCUUCAUAUAAAAUACGACCCCUCACAGAGGCAGAGAAAUCUACCAAGAUUCGCAAAGAAACCCAAAAGUUAAGAGAAUUUGAAGAAGGCCUGGUUAGCCAAUAUAAAUUUUAUUUGGAAAAUCUGGAGCAAAUGAUUAAAGAUUGGAAGCAAAGGAAACUGAAGAAAAGUAAUGUAGUUUCCUUAAAGGCAUACAAAGGACUGGCAGAAGUGGCUGUGAAGAGCCUGUGCGAGCUGUUGGUGGCGCUGUCUCAUUUCAACUUUCACAACAACAUCAUUGUACUGAUUGUCCCUCUCAUGAAUGACGUGUCAAAAUCGAUAUCUGAAAUGUGUUGUGAGGCAGUAAAGAAACUGUUUAAACAAGAUAAAUUAGGCCAAGCUUCCCUUGGUGUAAUUAAAGUGAUUUCUGGUUUUGUGAAGGGCAGAAAUUAUGAAGUUAGACCAGAGAUGUUAAAAACAUUCUUGUGCUUAAGAAUCAAGGAAGUAGAAGUGAAAAAAGAUACAGAGGACAUUAAUAAACCAAAAAAGUUCAUGACUUUCAAGGAAAAGAGAAAAACUCUUUCAAGAAUGCAGAGAAAGUGGAAGAAAGCAGAAGAGAAAUUGGAGAGAGAGCUUCUAGAAGCAGAAGCUUCAGAGAGCACUGAGAAAAAACUUAAACUGCACACAGAAACUUUGAAUAUUGUGUUUGUAACCUACUUCAGAAUAUUGAAGAAGGCCCAGAGGUCACCUCUCCUGCCAGCAGUUCUAGAAGGUCUUGCCAAGUUUGCUCACCUUAUAAAUGUCGAGUUUUUUGAUGAUUUAUUAGUAGUACUGCAUACUCUCAUUGAAUCUGGUGACCUGAGCUAUCAAGAAAGCCUUCACUGUGUCCAGACUGCUUUUCAUAUUCUUUCUGGUCAAGGUGACGUUCUGAAUAUUGAUCCAAUGAAAUUCUAUACACAUCUGUAUAAAACACUGUUCAAGUUACAUGCAGGUGCUACCAACGAAGGCGUCGAGAUUGUACUCCAGUGCCUUGACGUCAUGCUAACUAAGCGCAGAAAGCAAGUUUCUCAGCAGAGAGCCCUUGCCUUCAUCAAGCGUCUUUGUACCCUCGCUCUUCAUGUUCUUCCAAAUUCAAGCAUUGGCAUUUUAGCAACUAACAGAAUAUUAAUGCAUACUUUCCCAAAAACAGAUUUGUUGCUUGACAAUGAAUCUCAGGGAAGUGGGGUUUUCCUUCCUGAACUGGAUGAACCUGAGUACUGUAACGCCCAGAACACGGCUCUUUGGGAAUUGCAUGCACUCCGGAGACAUUACCAUCCCAUUGUGCAGAGAUUUGCAGCUCACCUGAUCGCUGGAGCACCUUCUGAAGGCUCGGAAGCGCUCAAACCAGAGUUGAGCCGGAGAUCUGCUACAGAACUUUUUGAGACUUACAGCAUGGCUGCAAUGACAUUCAAUCCUCCUGUUCAGUCUUCAAGUUCCAAAAGGAAGGAUGAAGUUUUACAAGGGGAUGCAUUUUUGAAUGAAGAUUUAAAUCAACUAAUCAAAAGACAUUGCAGUGAAGUCGCUACUCACUUGCCUCUGGAUUUCAGCAGAUAUUCGACCACAUCACUGCGGAGGUAGAAGAGUGAAGUGUCCAUGGGCUUUCUUGCAUAUUUGUGUUUGUUUAGAUGCACAUAGAGACAUAUUGUUAAUUUAGGACAUUCUCUUUACAUAAGGGAAGCUUCCUAAGAAAAUUAACAGAGGUGGAAGAGUUACCCUUUGCAUGGCACAGGGUUCUGCCCAGAUUCUGAAAAUGUCAUUAAGAAAGGAGAAUUGCGGGGCGCCUGGGUGGCGCAGUCGGUUAAGCGUCCGACUUCAGCCAGGUCACGAUCUUGCGGUCCGUGAGUUCGAGCCCCGCGUCGGGCUCUGGGCUGA